CUACGAAGCUUCUUCCUAUGCCCAUAAUUUAAUUUUCUUCUUGCUUGGAAAGUCAUCCUAAUUUUGGGAAAUCAAAAUACACCCGAUCAUUUGUAUUUAUUCAUCACAAACAAGCAAAAUAAUGAUAAAUUAGGAAAAAUAUUACUAACAAUCAUAAAUAGUGUACACUUAAUUCUAUAAUUAAUAUUCUCCUCUUAAAACAAAGAAUUAAUGUCUUACUGUAUUUUUCUUUUUCUUGUUAAGGAUAUAUAUUAAAUAUGACUUAGAUCAUCAUGACCAUUGACCUUUACAACAUUCGUAUAUAUUGACCACAUCUCUUAUAAUCAGAUCUCAUCAUCUUCAUCUGUUUGUGGAUUCUUUUAUUGUUUGUUGUGCAAGUAACAAAGAUCAAGAUGAAUUCAAGAUUCUCUCUUCUUCUGUUCUUGUUCUUGGUCAUAGUUUCUCAAUCAAAAUCUUCCAUCUUCAAAACCUUCCCCGGUAAUCUCUCUCCCAAAUCUCCUCUUUCCUCAGUCGUCCUCCUUCUCUCCGGCAACGUCUUCCCUCUCGGAUACUACUCUGUCUUACUUCAAAUAGGAAACCCUCCAAAGGCAUUUGAGUUUGAUAUUGAUACUGGUAGUGAUAUCACUUGGGUUCAAUGCGAUGCUCCUUGCACUGGUUGUAAUUUGCCUCCUAAACUUCAGUACAAGCCUAAAGGAAACACUGUCCCGUGCUCAGACCCGAUUUGUUUAGCACUUCACUUUCCUAACAAUCCUCAAUGUCCAAACCCGAAAGAACAAUGUGACUAUGAAGUUAAUUAUGCUGAUCAAGGUUCAUCAAUGGGUGCACUUGUUAUUGAUCAGUUUCCUUUUAAACUCCUAAAUGGCUCGGCCAUGCAACCUCGUUUAGCAUUCGGGUGUGGUUAUGAUCAGAGUUACCCUAGUGCACAUCCUCCGCCCGCGACUGCUGGAGUUUUGGGGCUUGGGAGAGGGAAAAUUGGUCUCUUGACACAGCUUGUGUCCGCAGGACUAACGAGAAAUGUUGUUGGACAUUGCCUAAGUUCUAAAGGUGGAGGCUAUUUGUUCUUUGGAGACACUCUCAUUCCUUCCCUUGGUGUGGCCUGGACACCAUUAUUACCACCAGACAACCACUACACGACUGGACCAGCCGAGCUUCUUUUCAACGGAAAGCCAACAGGUUUAAAAGGACUUAAACUCAUCUUUGACACCGGAAGCUCAUACACUUACUUCAACAGCAAGACAUACCAAACAAUAGUUAACCUGAUCGGAAAUGAUCUGAAAGUCUCACCGUUGAAGGUUGCGAAAGAAGAUAAGACCUUACCAAUCUGCUGGAAAGGAGCUAAGCCCUUCAAAUCUGUUCUUGAGGUCAAGAACUUCUUCAAGACAAUAACAAUUAAUUUUACCAAUGCCAGAAGAAACACUCAGCUCCAGAUUCCACCCGAAUCUUAUCUCAUCAUCUCUAAAACUGGUAAUGCCUGCUUGGGACUACUAAAUGGAAGUGAAGUAGGAUUACAAAACUCCAACGUAAUCGGAGAUAUCUCUAUGCAAGGGCUACUGAUAAUCUACGACAACGAGAAACAACAACUCGGAUGGGUUUCUUCAAAUUGCAAUAAGCUUCCCAAAACAUGACAUCAUCACAAUUAUAAUAACUCUUUUAAGUAUAGAAUUUACAUAUAAACAAUUUAAGUAGCAUAUAAUAAAACAUUUUUUACAGUAAUUAGAACACCUUUAUGGAUUAAUUAAAAUGUCUAAUUAGACCAAACAAUUUCAAUUUCUAGACUUCUAUCAGACGAAUCAUCUUUCUUGCUUUCAUCAUUUAGCUUGAAAAUUCCACUGUAACUUCCUUCUGUCAAUAUUUUGUCAAUUGGUAUCCUCACUUUACCAAGAUUUUUCAAAAUUUAACAUUCAAUUUCAAAAGUUACUGAUUCUGCGAAAGACUCAGAAUGUUGUUAGAUUUGCAGACGAUUUCAAAGUCCCAUGUAAAUGAUUCUUUCCAAACCGGUGAGCUGCUUCGUUUCACAACCUGAACCAAAACCGGUUUAAUCAACUUCUAAUCGAAAAUUGAAUUGAACUAAUACCGGUUAAAAUCGGAUUGAUUUGCACCGAAUUGCUUAGAACCGUAUAAAACCAGAUUAAACCAUAAUUAUAUUACCUUGGUUUUCUUGGUGGGACAAUUAUCGAUGAUUAAUCUGCAAAACGCGUUAGACCGUUUCAGAUUAUCACCGCGUUUAAUCGCCACCGUGAGACUUCCCGGCAAACAAUUCAAGAGACUGUUACCUCUCUCAUGGAAGCUCGACGGAGCUGGAGAUUUCGAUUUCGAUUUCGAUUUCAUCAUCAAUUGCAAAACCGGAAUCGCCGCCGUUGUCCAAAACUCUCUCUCCAUCGCAUCUGCAUUAAAAUCGGUGAGUGUUUGAUUUCUCCGAUCAUAAAUUUUGAAUUCGGAAUCGGAACUUACUUGUUAGAGAUUUGAUGAUUUCGCCGGAGACGUAUUCUUGAAGUGUAUGAUUAGAGAAGAGAGAUUUGAUAAUUAGAGCUGCUUGUGUAGAAACUUGUGGAUUACAAGAUUUUAGCAUUUCUUGAACUAAAUAUACUCCACCAGCUUCAGCCAUAGCUUUACGACUUGUUCUACUAUGCAUUGCGAAGUUUCCCAAAGCACGUAUCACAACCAUUUGCAUUUCCUCGCUCGGUUCCUCCUCGAGCAAGCUGAUUAACGCACGACAUGCCACGGGCGAGUCUGUGGCUUUAGCGAGUCCUUCGUGUUGAGAGAUGUCACCUAGAGCCAUUGCUAUGAGAAUUUUUGCGGAUUCUGAUACUGUGUCUAGGCCUAGUAUGUACUCAGAUAAAGGGGUUAGUACAAACUGGCAUAUCUUUGUCUCUCUAACUUUUGGAUUGCGUAGUAUUAAUUCGAGUAAUCUUGCGGAGAGUUCUUCGCAGUGGUGUGAUCUUAGUAGAUCUAGUAAUGCGUCUAGUGCACCGGCUUCUGCCAUCUCUUGAACACUUGAGGAGUCUUGAUUUGCAUGGAUGAUCAAUGUGUCGAUGGCUAAGAUCACUGUGCUCUCAGCUGUUGAGAACAACAUUUUUGAUAAAACUGGUAUAGUUACUGAAAAGUAUUAGUGUUCUGGGUUGAAUCUGAGAAUGUUGCAGAGAAUGAAGGCUGCUGAUUCCCAUAGAUAUACAGGAAGCUGAGGAUCUUCGUCGAUAAUAACCUUGGAGAGCUCUUGAAUUCCUCCGGCAUCUGCUACCUCCUUUGUCCAUGUAACUGAGGAUUUCUCUAAACCCAUCAAUGCUAUCUCUUGUAAGUUUCUUACUCUGAUCCCUACAAGUUUCACAAGAGGAGCAAUGAGAUUUUUGGUCGUUAUCUCUUCUUGGAAACGUUGCAUUUCGAGUAGAGAGGUCAGUAGUUCUGUGGUUGCAUUUUGGACCGCUAUAGAUUCAGAUUCAAGCAGUGGUAUCAAAGGCAUAAUAAUUGCGGAUGAUGCCAUUUUUAAUGAUUCAAGAACCAUUGGCUUCUCCAAGAUGUUUGCUAUACCUUGUAAACCACCGAGUUGGCCUUGAAAAUCCAAGUCUUGCCUAAGCAAAAUCAAGAGAAGCGGUUGUACCAUUUUUAUAGCCUCUUGGCUUCUAGCUACAACACCAACGUUCGUCAAAACUCUGAAAAAAUCUGCGAUUACCAACACAAAGAACUUGGAGGAGAUCGGGACAGUUGACCAAGGCAUUUCUCGAUUAUCCCCAUUUUAAUCAGAUCCAUUAUAAAUUAGUGAAAUAACAAUUUAGCUUUGGUCUGUUUUUAUUAUCAUGCAGUUCUAAUAUCUUCUUCGUCCAUUUCUAUGCUUCUCUCUCUUCCAAUUACAUAAUCUCUGGUCCAUAGAAAACAUCGGUCUCUUGUGACCGUUGAUUCCUUUCCAUUCACUUCUUCUGGUCUAAAAAAUUCAAGAUCUAAACGAGAAAAAAAAGAAAACAAGUAAAACUUUUUCAACCGUUUUUCCUGUCGGUAAAGUUUGGAUUUUUAUUGUAAAUUUUGGUCUUUUGUCAAGAAGAAGAAGAAGAAGAAGAUGGUCGUUAAGAAUGUUCAAGAUUUGGAUGUUCUUCCGAGGAAUAGCUCCGAUUUAUUCGAUGACGAUGGUCGUCCCAAGCGAACCGCUGUACCUCGGAAACUUCAACGGCCAAGACUUCAAUUUUGUCUCCCAGCGUAGUACGUACGUAGACUUGGAACUAAUUCUGAGUUAGACUUUGAUCACAAAGGAGAUAUGUCUUGAAGACCACUUUAGAGAGAAAUCUAUUUCCCAAAAUUAUCCAUCUUUCUUGAAACUAUGUGUUCAAAUUGCAUCUUUGUCUCUCUUUUUACUUUAUCUCUCUUGUUAGGGCAAUCAUGCAGUGAAACAGAUACGCUACAUCAGGGUCAGUUCUUGAAAGAUGGGCAAGAGCUCGUUUCUGCUUUCAAAAUCUUCAAACUCAAGUUUUUCAACUUCAAGAAUUCAAGAAACUGGUAUCUUGGAAUUUGGUUCAACAAUCUUUAUCUUAAUACUGAUAUCCAGGAUAGAGCUGUCUGGAUUGCUAACCGUAACAAUCCAAUCUCGGAACGCUCUGGAAGCCUCACAGUGGAUUCUCUUGGCAGAUUGAGGAUUUUAAGAGGAGCAUCAACCAUGCUUGAGCUAAGCUCUACGGAAACCAGAAGAAACACAACCCUUAAGCUUUUGGAUUCUGGAAAUCUUCAGCUCCAAGAGAUGGAUUCUGAUGGAUCGAUGAAGCGGGUUUUGUGGCAAAGUUUUGAUUAUCCAACAGAUACCCUUCUUCCUGGGAUGAAACUCGGUUUCGAUGUCAAGACUGGGAAGAGAUGGGAACUGACAUCAUGGUUAGGUGAUACUUUACCUGCUUCUGGAUCUUUUGUCUUUGGGAUGGAUGCUAAUAUUACAAACCGAUUGACCAUCUUGUGGCGUGGAAACAUGUAUUGGACAAGCGGGCUCUGGUAUAAAGGUCGGUUUUCCGAAGAGGAGUUAAACGAUUGUGGUUUGCUCUUUUCCUUCGUUUCAACCAAGAGUGAAUAGUAUUUUACUUAUUCAGGUGAUCAGAACGAUGCCAUAACAUUUUUUCCCACCAUAAUGAUAGACCAACAAGGCAUUUUGCAUAGAGCAAAAAUUCAUCAGACACGUAAUUAUGAUAGUUACUGGCAAAAUUCUAGGAAUCAGAAUUGUUUGGCCGCAGGUUACAAAGGUAACAACGUCGCGGAUGAGUCAUAUUCAAAUGGGUUCACUUCUUUCAGAGUGACAGUAUCUUCUUCCUCAAGCAAUGGUUUUGUACUUAAUGAGACUAGUGGAAGGUUUCGUUUAGUUGAUUGCAAUGCUAUAUGUGUGCAAAACUCCUCUUGUCUUGCAUAUGCUUCAACCGAGCUGGAUGGUACGGGUUGUGAAAUCUGGAAUACUUAUCCUACCAACAAUGGGUCGUCUUCUCAUAGACCUAGAACUAUAUACAUCCGUAAUGAUUAUUCGGUAGGCCAAGAGAAGAAAAAGGUAGCAGCUUGGCAAAUUGUUUUGGCAUCAAUGUGCCUAAUGAUACCUAUGAUUUGGUUUAUAAUCUAUCUUGUGUUGCGGAAAUUUAAAGUAAAAGUAAGUGUUUUAUUUCGUGGAAUAUACUACUUUCUAUGGAGAGAAAUCACUCCACAAGUGAUUGGUUUCAUACGGAGGAGACUUUUAUCAAUAAGGUUUGGUUCAACAAUAGACCAAGAAAUGCUACUACGUGAAUUGGGAAUUGAUAGGAGACGCCGACACAAGAGAAGUGAAAGGAAGAGUAAUAACGAGCUUCUGAUUUUUAGCUUUGAAAGCGUAGUAUUGGCAACAGAUGACUUCUCUGAUGAAAACAAGCUCGGUGAAGGAGGUUUUGGUCCUGUAUAUAAGGGGAAGUUAAUAGAUGGGGAAGAAGUGGCUAUCAAGAGACUAUCUUUAGCUUCUGGGCAAGGUUUAGUGGAGUUCAAGAAUGAAGCUAUGCUUAUUGCAAAACUUCAGCAUACAAAUCUUGUUCAGGUUCUUGGAUGUUGCGUCGAGAAAGAUGAGAAAAUGCUGAUAUAUGAAUACAUGCAGAACAAGAGUCUUGACUACUUCCUCUUUGAUCCCUUGAGGAAAAACGUUUUGGAUUGGACGUUGCGGUUCAGGAUCAUGGAAGGAAUAAUUCAAGGGCUUUUUACCUUCACAAGUACUCGAGGUUGAAAGUGAUACACAGAGACAUCAAAGCGAGUAACAUUUUGCUAGACGAGGAUAUGAAUCCGAAAAUAUCGGAUUUUGGAAUGGCUCGGAUAUUUGGAGCGGAAGAAACAAGAGCCAACACCAAAAGAGUUGCUGGCACAUUUGGCUAUAUGUCGCCGGAGUAUUUCAGAGAAGGACUAUUCUCGGCGAAAUCAGAUGUGUUCAGCUUUGGGGUUCUAAUGCUAGAAAUCAUUUGUGGAAGGAAGAACAAUAGCUUCCACCAUGACUCAGAAGGACCUUUGAAUCUCAUAGUUCAUGUGUGGAAUCUGUUUAAAGAGAAAAAAAUUCGCGAGGCGAUAGAUCUGUCUUUGGGAGAUUCGGCGCUUGAUUACCCUCAAGUGUUGAGAUGCGUUCAAGUUGCUCUGUUGUGUGUACAAGAAAACGCAGAAGAUAGACCAAGUAUGUUAGACGUUGUGUCGAUGAUAUACGGCGAAGGAAAUAAUGCUCUUUCUUUGCCUAAAGAGCCUGCUUUCUAUGAUGGUCCCCGGAGAAGCUUUUCCGGAGAUGGAGGUUGAGUCACCGGAGCUGGAAAAUGUAUCCCCGAAUAUUACCAUCACGGUGAUGGAAGCAAGGUGAAUUGAUACCAAGAAAACUGAUAUAUUGUAGUAUGUGAAUCUCAUUGUUACUUGAAAGGUUUAACUUCGUAACAUAUAUACACGGAUUAUACAUUCGGGAA